CCUUAAUGUAAACACCUACGCUACAUGUGUCAGACCGAACUAGGCCAUACUAUGGUUUCCUUACCUUCAAAACUUCGUCCGUCAGGACCUCUGCAGAUAGCCACAAGUUUCUGGAAUUUUAUAGGAUUAGCUCCGCCUGGAUAUAUGCGCAUGGUUGACUCUGCUUCACUAUGUAUGGAAGGAAGGUGUAGUAAGAUCAUACACUGCCCAAAAUCCGGAUGGUUGCCUCAAGUCGAGGAUCCUGCUCUACAUGGAUGCAGUCGUUCUCUGAGAGUUCUCAUCCGAACAAAGAUGGUCGCCGACAACGCCAAUUCCCCUGGGGCUUCCUCGUCGUCUCCCGGGACACCAAGUACAACCACAAGCAACUCAACUUUCAGCAACAGCUCAGCAACAUCAGGCACCCUCAAGAAUGGGAUAGGCAUGGCGUGGGCGGUUUCAGGUAACGGGCCGAAGUCGUCUGGGAGUGUCACUAGCGGCUGCACUUUGCCCAUGAACAUGAGCACAGUCACCAUGGGCAACGUUCUCGACUUCCUGUUCACAGCCGCCCAGCUACAUCGCGUGGCUGCAGCCACCACAGAGAAGGUGCGAGCGGGUGGCCACCUCGUAAACGGCACAGGAUCCUCAGACUCCGACUCUCAGGGUGGGAGAACACCUUCGGGAACACCUUCGACAAGCACGGCUGCUGCAGCGGCAGCUGCUCUGCUUCCCUCGGCCUCGCAGACUUGGGCGAAAUUGCUUGGUAAUCCUGCUGCAGCUGCGCAGGAGCAAACUCUGGCUCUUCUGCAAAUGGCUCUACAGGAUGGUCUUCUGGAUUCAAUAUUGCCCUACAUGGUCUCGUCCUUGAAUAUCGGCCUAACCACAUCCCUCACGCCAUCCCAGUCCCUCACAUCAGCAUCGACCAUGAACACCUUAGUUGGAGGGAGUGCAGCUGCGGUAGGGGGAGGAGGUGGGAGAUCGCGAACUCCAACACCUACAAACAAGGGUCCUAAUUCAACCAAAAGCUCUGUUGUCUCAUCAUCUAGUAUACCAAAGUCGCCCACCAGGGACGUUCUAACAAAGGAACUCCCAAAGAGGUCGCCGACGCCAACACCAACACCAGCGCCACCUACAAUUUCCUCCGUUACUCCCCCUUCUGCGCCUACCAGCCCCUGCAGUAACACAGCUAUAAUACAAAGUUCCCCCAGUGUCACAGCAGCAAGUAGUUCUUCCGCCAAUCACAGCAAUACCCUUCCAUCAUCUUACAUGACCUCUGCAUCCCUUCCUCGACCCAGUAAAGAAGAUGUUCGUUCAACACCACCCGUUUCCCUCCCUAUAAGGGGUAUGCCUGACAAAAGCCCUGGAAUCAUCAUUCACGUGUGUGAUGAAGCCAGAGGUCUACGUCAAGACUUCACGUGCCCCAGAGACCACCUUAUUCACCACAUAGGCUAUUUUGCUGAUGUCACUGCUGGUCAGCGCCUGGAAGAUGUGGAUAUAUCUGUGCACUGUGACGUCAGCAUCUUUGAAUGGCUUUUGAGAUGGGUCAAGAAAGGCUUGACUGAGGAUCAUCAUCCACCAACAUUAGAACCCAAGACUGCUGUGUCCAUUUUGAUAUCGGCCGACUUCCUGAAGAUGACACCCCUAGUAGAGGAGGUCCUUCAGUAUGUUCAUGACAACAUCAACCUCAUCCUCGAAGCUCAGGUUAACCUCAAUUGCUUAUCUGACACUAUACUUACCAGACUCUCUCGCCUAUUCACUCACUGGGAGCUCGAGAAUCUGCGAGACCGAAGAGAUCGAAUCCAGAAUAAACUCUACGCAAGGUUCUUGCAGACGCUGUGUGACAAUACUCCGGCUCCUCUCAGGGGUAUCUUUAAAACAGCCUCCACUCUGUACAGAUGCACUGAUUGUGAGCAACUAGUGAGCAGAGCGGUUGAAAGGUUCAUAACUUGCGACCCUUCCAAUACCAUCGUCACCACAACUGGCCAGGUCUUCUAUACACAUUCUAGAGAUAGCACCUGGAGUUUAACAGAACAUGUUCGACAACUGAAGACAGACCUUAAAACUUGGCGACUAGUUUACUGGAGGCUGUGGGGACAAGUCCACUUCUUGCCAUGUUCAACGUGCGGGUCAGUCUUCCCUGCCAGUGAGCUGAAACUGUGCCGCCACCAUCGCCUGGACGCUUCUUCUUCUUGUGAUCUGGAUGUCUUGCUGUCCACGGACUCUUUCCCGUGUUGUGGAGCCAGAGCCCUUAGAUUCUCACCCCUACCAGUUAGGAACGGAUGCCAGGUAGCUGACCACACAGUCCAGCUAACCCAGAGUGAAGAAGAAACGUGGGGACCUAUUCCACUGAUCUAUGAUGACCUCCUCACAUUCCAAAUACUAGUAUGUGUUGAUCCCCCUCGGACGAUGGACGUUGAACAGAAGAAUGUCUUAUGGUCUGGAGUACCUCUCGUUCCGCCAAGCAAAGGAGAGAGAAGCCUUCUUGAUCGAUCAUGGCAAGCACACUUUUUAUAUGGAGAACGGGAUGGAUUACCACAUAAUCGUCAAGGGGCAAACGAAACUAGCACUACUACAACAACUACGGCUGCUGCUGUGAGUGCCAUUGGUACUGGAACCAGUAGUGAAAGUUCAUCGGAUGAAGAGGAGGGCGGCGGCCGCCCGGGACUCACCUCAAGAAUGCGAGCAAAUUUGAUGAAACGGGCAAAUCGAGCCCGGAGGACUCUGGCCUGCGAGGUAAUGGCUGAACCAAGCUGGAGAUGGGAUGCUGGCCGGUCAACGCGCCACAACCAAGAUGCUCAGAGGGACAGAGAAGGACGACUUCUGCGCGACUUGACCUCGUGGCUUACUCUCACUGCCCCAGAGACUGGGCAUCACAAAGGGCACAAAGGGAAACCUGACCGCCGACGGGAAACAGCCAAUGGACCAGAUGCUGGAUGCUACUAUAGAUUGGAAGCAGAGUUUCGAGAACGCCAUGGAGGUCAUUCUCACGGUCAUACCCAUAGUGGAGGAGGGGGAGGCACCUUCAGAGCAAAGGUUCAAGCGAUUUCUAGGAUCAAAAUGAGGCUGAGGCACAGAGCAGCCUUUUCAGCUUCCCGUUGAAGUUUUCAUUAUGUCCGUGUUGGUUUUGACGGUAUUUUAUGUUGUCGAUUAUUUAAUUGUCUUGAGGACAGGUUGCUUGUAGGGUGAAGAGAAAUCCCAUCUAUUGAAGGAUUUCUGUAGAAUGGUGCGUACUAUAUUCAUUUUUACAUUUAGUAACAUGUAUUAAUGGUUUUGAUAGACUUAAUAAGCUUAUUUUGUUCGUUUUUACAAUCGAUAGUUGCCUGGAAGGGAUGGCGAUAAUAAGUAAAACUACAGUGAACUUG